AUGAAGUUCAACAUGUCAAACGACGAUGAGUUCAGCCGAAAAGCCUGCGAAUCGUUGAUCCGGAAGAUGAAAGAUAAACGUUCCGAGCUUGACGCACUGAUUGGAGCUGUAUCCUCACUUGGAAACGAGCCUGGACCGUGUGUAACAAUUCCAAGGACGCUUGAUGGACGUCUCCAGGUAGCCGGUCGAAAGGGUUUCCCCCACGUCGUCUACGCAAAGAUCUGGCGAUGGCCGGAUUUGCAUAAAAACGAGCUGAAACACCUGCCGAUUUGUGCAUGCGGAUUUGACUUGAAAGGAGAUAACGUCUGCGUGAAUCCUUACCACUACGAGAGGGUGGCCACGCCGGCGUUGAUCAACAUUUCUGGAGAUCUGAAUUGCGGGCUCGACACGAGUCCGCGAGAGACGAAGCGCUCGAUGGAUUUCGUUGGAGCUCCAAACGGUUACCGCGGGCCGCUCGGCAUCAAUAAUCCCAAUCUCGACAUGGCACAGUUGAAAAGCUGCUUGGACACGAAGGAUGAGCUCAGCUUUGCGAAUGCCCUGAACCUCAACAUGCCAGCCGCAUCUCAAGCCCUCUCCUUGGCUGGCCAGACAUUUCCCCAGCUACCCUACCUACCGCGUGAUGGCGAAAAUAUGGGUCACGUCAUGCUGCCCCCAGCACCAUCCAUGGUCUCCCCCAAAUUCGAGGCAAAAGUGUCGCCGUAUGCGCCGCCGACGAAGAAAUUCCCGGACGGGGCCAUACAUCAGAUUAAUGUGAAUUUGGAGCGGAAUCGAGGGCCGGAACCCAGCAGUAUUUCCGCCGACGAUCCACGGGUCCAAUGGGCUUCUAUCAACUAUUACGAGGAAAAGGAUCACGUUGGAACGACAAAAAUUGUUGAAACCCCCGACAUUUUCAUCGACGGCUUCAUGGACACCCUCGAAAAGUGCCGAUUCUCGCUGGGCGGGUUGCCAAACGUUAAGCGAAGUCAUCAGUCAGCCAAGGCUCUCGAGUACAUCUGCGAGGGCGUCAGACUUUCGAUGAAGGACAACGGCGAUGUUUGGCUGCAAUGUCUCGGAAAACAACCUCUUUUCGUGACUUCAAAUUAUUUGGACCGAGAGAGUGGGCGGCAAGGGGGAGAUGCCGUUCAUAAGGUGUAUCCCGGAGCAUCGCUAAAGGUGUUCGACCUGAUGAUGUGCCAGCACGAGCUGCAAAGCAUCAGUCACCUCAAAAUGGCCCAAGCCCUGCAAACCAAUGCCGAUCAAGCCCAGCAAGGGUCUUCAAGAUGGGACCCACCGCCCUGUUCGUCUACCACUGGGUCAAUAGCGCCGAGUUAUGAAGAUGAGAAAAACCCAGCCCCUUCGGCGGAUGUUGGAGUCGACGAUAUGCGACACGCUUGCGUGAUUCGCAUCUCAUUUAUCAAAGGAUGGGGUCCGGACUAUCCAAGGAAAUUGAUCACUGAUACGCCCUGCUGGAUUGAGAUCGCUAUUAACAGGGCGCACGCGUUGCUGGACGAGGUUGCAAGAAACAUGGCCAGCAUCCUCGGCAACGAUAUGCGAUAUCGACAU